AGCAGGAACGAAAAACCGACAACUAGGCCGUGCAUUUACCAAGCAUUUUUAUGUAAUUUUCAGAAGUCACUGCAUGUGCUCCAACUUCACCACUGACGUGAUAAAAAUCUUAAAUAGAUUAGGCUGGUGCGUGCCACCUAACAAGCGUGCUGCAGAGUGUGUCAUAAAAUUUACAGCGCUGCCUGUACAGGCAUUCUACAAGGUUCUUUGGAGAAACUAGUACCCCUUUCCUCACUACACUGCGCGUCUCCUUGUUGGCGCUCUAAACUGAUUAUCAGUGGAAGUGCUCCCGAGCUGCAGUAGUCCGACUGUGACAUCCUUCCACUACAGUGUGCUCAGGCUGGCUGGCUGCUGCACAGGCACCAUGGACCAAAAAUCACCUAAAGAUGAGAGCAGCGCUAAAGGACAGGAGUCUCUGUCCUACCAGCGGAGAAUGUGGAAGAAUUUCCAGGAGAAAACCAAGCCUUGGCUGAGUCCUAAACUGGGAUCGGAGCGUCGCGGUGCCGGGGGCGCGGAGGGCAGCAAAAAGGAAUCGGGGCUAUGGAUGUUCAAAAGAAAAAAGAAACAGUUGGACCGGGUGUUUUCGUCGUCUCAGCCAAAUCUGUGCUGCUCUACGCCGGCACCUUUUGAAGGAGAUGGUUGUCUUGGAAGCGACUCGGUCCCCGGGACCAGCACAGUCGGGCAGCCCCUUGGCGCAGCAUCUGGAACCACAGGGAGCAAGCCUGAGCUGACGGCGCACGGAAGCCCCAAACUCCCCGUGUCCCAGCUGAUCAUGUACCAGCAGAAGAGCUCCUCUCUUGGUUCGGCGUGCUUCGAAAAACUGGUGGUGAACCCGGCCGCGGAGGUGAAAGAGGAGGAGCAGCUGCGUAAAAACGCAAGUGAUUCUGGCAUCAACAUAGUGGGGCCCAGUAAUGCAGAGCUCCCACCUCGACCUGCCAGUCCAGCCAUGUACCAGCUGGAUAUUGUCCUGAAGAGAGGGAGCAACCUGGCUAUAAGAGAUCGGACAGGGACCAGUGACCCAUAUGUGAAGUUUAAGAUUGCAGGGAAGGAGGUAUUCAGAAGUAAGACCAUCUAUAAGAACCUCAACCCCGUGUGGGAAGAGAGAGUAAGACUACAUGUGGAAUCCCUGAGAGACCCUCUGUAUGUCAAGGUUUUUGAUUAUGACUUUGGACUUCAGGAUGAUUUCAUGGGCUCAGCAUAUCUCUACCUGGAGUCACUGGAACACCAGAGGACACUGGAUGUGGUGUUGAACCUGAAGGAUCCACAGUACCCUGAACAUAACCUAGGCACUCUGGACCUUGCUAUCACUCUGACACCAAAGGAGGGAGAUGUGAGAGAUGCAACCAUGCUUUUGAGAAGGAGCUGGAAACGAUCUUGUAAGUACCAGAGCAUGCGUCUGUCAGAAGUGCACAAAAAAGCCCAGCUGUGGCGAGGUAUAGUGAGCAUCAGUCUGAUAGAAGGUCAUGGCCUGAAGCCCAUGGAUGCCAACGGCCUCAGCGACCCUUAUGUCAAAUUCAAAAUGGGCUACCAGAAGUACAAGAGCAAGACAAUUCCCAAAACGCUGAACCCCCAGUGGAGAGAACAGUUUGAUUUCCACCUGUAUGAUGAGAACGGAGGCUAUGUGGACAUAACAGUCUGGGACAAAGAUGCUGGCAAGAAGGACGACUUCAUGGGAAGGUGUACCAUUGACCUGUCGCUUCUCAGUAAAGAACACACACACAAGCUGGACCUGCCACUGGAGGAGGGUGAAGGUGUGCUGGUGCUGUUGGUUACACUCACUGCUUCUGCCGCUGUUUCCAUCUCAGACCUGUCAGUCAACAUGCUGGACGACCCGCAUGAGACGCACCAAAUCAUGCAGAGAUAUAGCCUGUGGAGGUCGUUCCACAACCUGAAAGAUGUCGGAUUGGUGCAGGUAAAGGUCAUCAGGGCGGAGGGACUGAUGGCGGCAGAUGUCACAGGUAAGAGUGACCCAUUCUGUGUGGUGGAGCUGAGUAAUGAUCGGCUGCAGACGCAUACUGUUUACAAAAACCUCAACCCGGAGUGGAACAAGGUCUUCACUUUUAACGUGAAGGACAUCCACUCGGUACUCGAGGUCACUGUGUACGACGAGGACCGAGACAGAAGUGCAGACUUCCUGGGGAAAGUGGCUAUUCCUUUACUAAAUAUCCAAAAUGGAGAACGCAAAGCCUACGCCUUGAAAAGCAAGGAGCUGACAGGGCCAACAAAAGGGGUCAUCUUUCUCGAAAUAGACGUGAUUUUUAAUGCUGUGAAGGCUGGUCUCAGGACGUUGAUUCCCAUUGAGCAGAAGUAUAUAGAGGAGGAGCCCAGAGUGUCCAAGCAGCUGCUGUUGCGCAACUUCAACCGAGUUAAGCGCUGCAUCAUGUUCCUGAUCAACACAGGUUGCUACAUCAACAGCUGCUUUGAAUGGGACUCUCCACAGAGGAGCAUCUGUGCUUUUGUGCUUUUUAUCAUCGUUGUUUGGAAUUUUGAAGUCUAUAUGAUUCCUCUGACUCUGCUGCUGCCCUUGGCCUGGAACUACAUCCUCAUUGCAUUGGGGAAGGAUACUAGGCAAGAUGUGCAAGCAGUGGAGGACCUUAUGGAGGACGAGGAUGAGGAUUUUGACAAAGAUGACAAGGACCCUAAACCAGGCCCAUGGGAGGAGAGCUGUGAUAACAGCCAUAUCCUUGAGGAUAUGUUGGCUUCCUGGCGCUUUGAGUGGAUACGAACGAUGGUGGAGACGAACUACUUAAAUGGUCGACAUAAAAGCACUCCUUGCUGCCAAAAAAUACCAUUUGACUCGGAGAAAAAGAGCUUCAUGAACAAGCUUUAUGCCAUUCAGGACGUGUGCAUCAGCGUGCAGAAUGCACUGGAUGAUGUGGCCUCCUAUGGCGAGAGGAUAAAGAAUACAUUUAACUGGACUGUGCCUUUCUUAAGUUGGCUGGCCAUCGUGGCUCUUGGAGUGGCCACCGUCAUCAUGUACUUCAUCCCUCUACGAUAUAUUCUGUUGGCCUGGGGGGUGAAUAAAUUCACCAAAAAGCUACGAGACCCAUACACCAUUGACAACAACGAGCUGCUAGACUUUCUGUCCAGAGUGCCCUCAGAUGUACAAGUGGUGCAGUACAGAGAGCUGAAACUGGAUCCCAAUCCCAGUCCAAAUAAAAGGAAGAAAAACAACCCCGGGUAGAUGACUGUGUCCGCCCACCAACUCCUCUCUUCUGUCGGUCCGUUACUGGGCGCCGAGGAGCAGAGGAAGACGGCUCUGGACCAGCUUGGCUCAACUAUCCUUCCUUUUUUCCUGUUUUCUUGUCUUGAGCGUUUUUUCUGUCUUAAAUUACUCAUGAUAUACAGUACAGUUUCCUGAAGUGUAAUUUUUGUAUAAAACAAGACCAGAAAUCUCUUCAGUUAUUCUCAUCACCAUUGAUUGAUUUUAAAGAUGAGUGGGAAGGAUGGAUAGGAUGACCUUUUUUAUCAGCCGUGUGUGCCACAGUCCUUGUUUCUACUCUCCAUCACUCUGACAGCUCAGAGGACUGUCCCUUUGCUUACCACAAGUGUCACACAAUGAGUAAAAUUAGUUUUAACAAUUAUAUCAUUAUGCACAUUUUUAGUACAUUUGUGUUUAUCAAAAUACAAGCCUUAUACUAACUCUCUAUUAUCACUGCAAUAGAAUCGGUUUUAGCUCAUAUUGUAAUUAUUAAAUGAUGUUGGUAAUAUGUUUAUAUUUUUAAAUUGCUUUUGUACUGAAGAAUACACCCCCCCCCAUUUAAUUUGAUGUGGUAAUGAUGUUAUGUUCACUGGCAGUAUUUGGAUAGUCUCCCCUUAACGCAGCCAGCCAGGUUGAUUAGCAAUUAUGGUGGUAGCCUCCAGAUAUGUCCUUCUACCCAGACACAAAAGGGGACCAACUGGCUGAAGACAGGUGAUGGUAUCUGUAUUUUCAAUACAGUAGCCAACAUAGUGGACAUUAGCUUGGCAUUAAUUUUAAAUAAAAGUGGAUCUUUCUUUAAAAAAGAAACCCACUGUGAUUACAUUAUCACUAUUAAAUAGUACUCAGUGGGGAAAAAAGAACAAUUAAGUAUUAGACAGUUGGUGUAAAGCUCCAAACAGUUAUCACUAUUACAGUUUUUUUGCUGUUGCUAACAAGCAUUAACCAAUACUUAAAAUACUUCUUCUAAACUCUUAACACAGCAACACA